CCUCCCCUCGCUCCCUUCACUCACACCGAGCGUGCUCCGGUAGUGCCCCUCCCUCCACACGUUCCUUCCUUCGCAUGGCUGACCACCACAGAGACAGGGGUGUCCUAGGCGGCGGCGGCGCCUUCGGCGACCGCAGUGGCCAUGGAGGCUACGGCGGCGACCACCACGAGCAGCACCAGCAGAAGCAGCCCGCGCUGAUGUGCGCCCUCAAGGCCGCGACGGCGGCCACGGCCGCCGGGUCGAUGCUGCUGCUAUCCGGGCUGAUCCUGGCAGGCACCGUCAUCGCGCUCACCGUGGCCACUCCCGUGCUGGUCAUCUUCAGCCCGGUGCUGGUGCCGGCGGCCAUCGCGCUGGCGCUCAUGUCCGCCGGCUUCGUGACGUCCGGCGGGCUGGGCGUGGCGGCGCUCUCCGUGUUCUCGUGGAUGUACAAGUACCUCACCGGCAAGCACCCGCCGGGCGCCGACCAGCUGGACCACGCCAAGGCGCGGCUCGCGUCCAAGGCCCGCGACAUCAAGGACGCCGCGCAGACCCGCAUCGACCAGGCGCAGGGGGCUUGAAGAUGAGGUGCGUGCCCCGACGCGCGGCCGAUGCGUGGGUGAUGAACGAUAUAGCGUACGAUUGCUGAUCCGUGCGCGCGUUUGAUCGCCGCCGUGCCCGCCGAGCGAGCAAGUCGACGACGUUUACCACCUGUUGUGCUAUCCGACCGAGUGCGUGUUUAGACUUUUGUUGUGAACUAGUUGUUCUCGUCCUAGUACUCUAGCAGUAUGUUUCCGUGGUCGAAGUCGGGAGAGGGUCUGGAUGCUGGAUGUAUGGUGUGUGCUUGUGGAUGUCUCUGCGUUUAUGAUGAAUAAAUUGCCAAGUUAGGGCGAAGUGUGCAA